AUGGAUAUGGAGUUGGCGGGUGAGAAGAUAUUGCUCCAACUCAAUGAUCUAGAUGAAUUCAGGAUGAAUGUAUAUGAGAACUCCAAGCUAUACAAAGAAAAGACCAAAUGGUGGCAUAACAAGCACAUCAAGCAUCUCCAUUUCGUGUUGGACCAGUUGGUAUUGUUAUACGCAUCCAGGUUGAAGUUUUUUCCUGGAAAAUUAAAGUCAAGAUGGUCUGGACCUUUUAAAAUAGUAUGUGUGACACCAUACAAGGCUAUAAAGUUAAGAGUGCCAAAUUCUGAGAGGACGUUCUCGAUCAAUGGGCAAAGAAUCAAGCAUUAUUGGGGUGGUGACGUGGAUCGUCACAAGUCCUCAAUUGCACUGAAGGAUGCUUGA